GGCACAUUAAUAAUGGAGGGAAAAAAUAGGCCAAAUCAAAUAGGGAAGAGGGUUAUGAAGAAAAAUAAAUAAAUAAAUAAUGAAGAGGCUUUUGCUAAACACAAUAUAUGGGCAAACUUUGAGGGGCUUGAUUGUGAUUUAACAUAUCCCAAGAGCGUAAAUAAAACUAAAAAAGUCAAAAUAAGAACGGAGCUGUUUCUCGUCAGACCGGAAAGAACUUCAAAACCACAACCACCCAUGGAGCCGGAAGACGCCGGAACCCCCGCGAAACCUCCUCCAACGACGUCGCUUUUUCCCGUUCUCCUUCAACCUUCGUCCAGCACUAACGACACUGCUGCCGGAGCAUGGCUACAGAAUUCGAGCUUUAAGUUCGACGCUGGCGCCUUAAACAACGCCGUUCCUACUUCGUACCAACGAAUUCAGCUCGAAGAAUCAUCUUCCGGUGAAGAUGAACGGGCAGAGAAAGACAAACGGAAAGUCUCUGGUCCGCAGUACGAACUGGUGAACUCUUCCGCUUCGGAUCGAGGCUCUCACAGUGAUGAUGAAGAAACGACUGGGAGGAGGAGACAUAGAGACAAGAAGAAAAGGAAGAGGAGGAAGAAGGAAUCAUCCAGUACGACGCCCUCAUUUCCUGACUAUGCAAUUGGCUCUAGGAAGCCUGAUGUUCGAACCUGGGCGUCUUCAACUAGCUCUGCUAGUACCAAAGAAUACUAUUUUGAUUCCCGCGGUGACCGCAACAAUCUGGAAUUUGGAAGCCUUUAUAGGAUGGAUGUUGCUCGGUACAAGGUUCACAAUUCCAAGAAAACAUCUGCUUUUAGCUUUUAUAGAUUUGGCCGGAACAUUUCUGUCUUUGAUGGUGAUGAUGACCUUGAGGGACUGGAUUCUAAACUUAGAUUGGGGGGACGGUAUUGGUCUGCCCAGUAUGCUGCUUUAGAGCGGCAUAGAAACUUAAAGCGAUUCCGCGUUCUUCCCCUUGAGAAGAAUGUAUCAAGUACCUAUGAUGAUUUCAUCUCUUUCCUGGAUGAUGGAGAUUUGGAGAGCAAGUCUCAACUGGUGACUAAUUUGGUUGAGGAGUCAUGGGAAGAUGAGGUACUUCGCCGAACCAAAGAAUAUAACAAGUUGACUAGAGAAAAACCACACGAUGAGAAAGUCUGGAUAGCCUUUGCUGAUUUCCAAGACAAAGUUGCCAGUAUGCAGCCACAAAAGGGGGCUCGUUUGCAAACACUUGAGAAGAAGAUCAGUAUAUUGGAGAAAGCAACUGAACUAAAUCCAGAUAAUGAAGAUUUGUUACUUUCUCUCUUGAAGGCUUAUCACAGCCGAGAUAGCACAGAUGUUCUGAUUGGUAGAUGGGAGAAGAUACUUGUCCAGAAUUCUGGAAGUUACAGGUUGUGGAGGGAAUUUCUGCGAGUUGUUCAGGGUGAAUUUUCUAGAUUUAAGAUAUCCGAGAUGAGAAAAUUUUAUGCUAAUGCUGUCCAGGCGUUGUCUGGUGCUUGCAGCAAGAUGUAUAGGCAGGUUCAGCAAAAUGUUUCUAAUGGGCGUACUGUUGAUCGAUACCUUAUUGAUCUAGAGCUUGGUUUAGUUGAUAUAUUUUUGAGCCUUUGCCGAUUUGAAUGGCAGGCUGGCUUCCGUGAGUUGGCAACUGCUUUGUUCCAGGCUGAGAUUGAGUAUACUUUGUUUUGUCCUUCUUUACUUCUAAGUGAACAAAGUAAGCGAAGGCUUUUUGAACACUUCUGGAACAGCAAUGGUGCAAGAAUUGGAGAAGAUGGUGCUCUUGGCUGGGCCACAUGGCUUGCAAAAGAGGAAGAACAAAGGGAGAAGGUUAGAAGUGAAGAAUCAUCUCAUGAAUCUGAGGAAGGUGGUUGGACUGGUUGGUCAGAAAUACCAUCAAAAACUGAGGAAGAAAGAGACACACUGGAGAAUAAUGCAUCCAAUGAUAUGGCUGUUGAGGAUUCUGAUGAUAUUUUGCCAACAAAUGAUGAUACUGAGACUCUGUUGAAAAAACUAGGCAUUGACACUACAGCAGAUGCUAAUAUUGACAUAAAGGAUGUUAAAACGUGGUCUAAGUGGUCAAAAGAAGAAUUAGCUAGGGACUGUGAUCAGUGGAUGCCUGUUCGUGCUGAGAUUGAUGCAGCAAAGAUGGCGCAUGAUGCUGACGCUGACGGUGAUGAGCAACUUCUUAGAGUUAUAGUGUAUGAAGAUGUGGCUGAUUUUGUGUUCUCGUUAAUUUCUGAGGAAGCACAAUUAUCUCUUGUCUCACAGUUUAUUGAAUUCUUUGGUGGAAGAAUACCUCAAUGGGAUUGCACGAAUAGUAUGAGUUGGUAUGAGGGUGUACGGAGUUUAGAGGCAUUUCCACACAAUAUACUCGAGAAACUGAGAAAAAUGCAUGAUGUACUAUCUCAGAAGGGAAGCUACCCAAUUGGAAUACCUGCAGAAUGUCUUCAAAGCAGUUCGGAUGAGAGCGCCACUAGGACAAAUAUGAUGAAGUUUGUUCGGAAUGCUGCCUUGCUCUGUUUGACAGCUUUUCCCCAAAACUAUGUAUUGGAAGAAGCUGUUCUCAUCGCCGAAGAGCUUUCAAACACACAAAUGAAUUCAUCCCUGACGUCUGUUACUCCAUGUAGAGCCUUGGCAAAAAGUCUCUUAAAAAGGAAUCGGCAGGAUAUAUUGCUUUGUGGUGUUUACGCACGACGGGAGGCCGCUUAUGGAAACAUUGAUCAUGCUAGAAAGAUCUUCGACAUGGCAUUAUCAUCGAUUGGGGAGCUUCCACUGGAUGUUCAGUCCAAUGCUUCUCUUCUGCAUCUCUGGUAUGCUGAGAUGGAGGUUGCAAAUAAAACAGUUGAAAAUUCAGAAUCAUCUUCACGGGCUGUGCACAUUCUCUCUUGUUUGGGUUGUGGGAUUAAGUAUAGUCCUUAUAGAGGUCUACCGUCCAGUUUGCAGCAGCUCAGAGCACGACAGGGGUUUAAAGAACGAAUAAAAAUUUUGGGUUCAGAGUGGGCACAUGGUAGAAUAAAUGAUUUUUCUAAUGCUCUCAUUUGCUCUGCUGCUCUAUUUGAAGAGUUGACGACUGGUCCAGCCGCUGCUAUUGAAAUUUUGGACAUGGCAUUCUCUAUGGUGCUUCCAGAAAGGAGGCGUCGUAGUCAUCAACUUGAAAUUUUAUUCAAUUGCUACGUAAAGAUACUUUGUCAAUAUCAUCACGUUAUAAAGAUUGGGAAUACGUGGGAGGCAAUUGUCAAAGGACUGCAGAUGUAUCCUCUUAGUCCUUACUUGUACACUGUCUUGGUUGAAUUCACUAAUCUUCAUAUGUCACCAAAUAGGAUGCGAUGGAUUCUUGAUGAAUAUUGCGGCAAGACUCCAUCCGUGGUUGCAUGCUUCUUCUCAUUAGCAUAUGAGAUGAGCAAAGGAAGUUCACAGCAUAGAAUACGUGCUGUAUUUGAAAGGGCAUUGGAAAGUGACAAGUUCCACGACUCGGUGGUACUAUGGCGUUGGUACAUUGCCUAUGAAAUCAAUGUAACAGGCGACUUGUUUGCAGCAAGAAAAGUGUUUUUUAGAGCAAUUCACGCUUGUCCAUGGUCAAAAAUAUUGUGGCUUGAUGGUUUUAUCAGCCUUAGUUCCGUGCUAACCGCGAAAGAGCUGUCAGAUCUCCAAGAAGUCAUGAGAGAUAAAGAACUCAACCUGCGGACAGACAUAUAUGAAAUCCUUUUGCAAGAUGAGAUGGAGAUGUGAUUUCCUCUAAUUGAGAAGUAGCAAUCGUGUAAUCUGUUGCUGAGUGCGAUGUAAUUUCGACCCCGUACAAUGCUUCUUUCAGAAAUUCUAUUUUAUUAUUUGUAAAUGAUAUUUCAAUCUCCACUUGCUUCGUUCCCUUUCUGCAAUUUUGCUAUUUGUGCGACUGUAAUCCCUGAUUCCUUGAGCAAAAACUUUGCUUGCGACUGUAAGUGGACUACCAAUUAGCAGUAAUAAAAAAAUAUCAAUAAUCAAUUCAAUAAUUCAUCCCAUAGGCAGAACAAAUUAUGGACGUAAUUCUAAAAUAAUAGUUUUAUUUGUUGUACUGAAAUAAUACAAUGAAUCUAAAACUAC